AUGGUGGGCAUAGACCCCAACGUCAGCUGUCACCAUCUAAAAAUAGAUCCUAAGGUUGCCCCCACAUCAAUAAAAAAGAAGAGCCCUCAACCUAAAAAAGACUCUAUUGCCGAGUAUGAGCUCCUAAGUUUUAUAGACGCCUACUCAGGCUACAAUCAAAUACCCAUGUACCUGGCCGAUGAAGAGAUGACCUCCUUUAUCACGGACAGAGGUCUUUACUGCUACAAAAUGAUAUCCUUUGGGUUGAAAAACGUCGGGGCCACAUAUCAAAAGCUUGUCAACAAAAUGUUUAUGGACCUCAUCGGUAAGACGGUGGAAGUCUACGUAGAAGAUAUGCUUGUGAAAAGUUUGAAGGCGGAUGACCAUGUGACGCACUUAAAUGACACUUUUCGAACCCUCAGAAGUCCUAAUCUGAGAGGAAAGAAUCACCCAACUCCCUGUGAAGCUGAGGCCCUACUUUCAGGCACACACAAUUCCUGUGAUGACCAACUUUCCCUUGAACAAGUGCUGCAGAAGCCAGAUGCCUCAAGAAGACUACUGAAGUGGGUAGUGGAAUUAAGUGAAUUUGACAUUGUCUUUACGACAAGGGCAUCCAUCAAAGGCCAGGCCUUGGCUAAUUUUGUGGCAGAAUUCACCAAUGUAUCCGAGGUGGAAGAGGUCAUGGAACCCGUUGAGCCCCCCACGUGGAACUUGUUCGUGGACGGUUUGGCUGGAGAGACAGGUUUGGAAGUUGGGGUGGUCCUGGUUAGCCCAGAGGGUCACAAAUUGAACUCUGCUGUGAGGUUCGGAUUUAAAGUCACCAACAACACUGCCGAGUAUGAGGCGCUCCUUGUAGGCCUCAGAUUAGCCAAAGAAAUGCAAGUAAGAAGGCUACAUAUCAACAGCGACUCCCAGCUAGUGAACACACAUGCCGAUGCACUCUCUAAGCUUGUGAACAGCAAGGACUCUGAACUACUCGCAGUAGUACCGAUUGAGCACCUCUUUACACCAUCUAUCGAAUCUCUCAAAGUGAUGUGGGUCGAAAGAACUCCCACCUGGAUGCAACCUAUCAUAACCUACUUAAAGGACCAGGUCCUGCCCGCUAACAAAGACGAGGCCUACAAGCUGAGAAGGAGGUCAGCUCACUUCCUCUUCAUCGAUGAUGUGCUCUACAAGAAAAGCUUCUCUUCCCAACUUCUUCAGUGUGUGGGUGGGGAAGAGACCACCUACAUUUUAAGAGGAAUCCAAGAAGGUGUUUGCGGCAACCACUCAGGAGAACUAGCUUCGACACAAAAAAGGCAACCUUCACAGGAGCUAAUUGCCGUCUCCAACCCAUGGCCCUUCUCCAAGUGGGGUGUGGAUCUGAUAGGUCCCCUAUCUAAAGGCAGAGGGGGCGCAAAUUUCACCAUUGUGGCCAUUGAUUACUUCACAAAGCGGAUCGAGGCUAAACCGCUAGCAAAAAUCACAAAAGCAAAUACCUCCAAGUUCUUCUGGAAGAACAUCAUAUUUUGGUUUGGAAUUUUCCACUCUAUAGUUUCAGACAAUGGGAGACAGUUCAACAACAAGAAGGUCAGGAACCUAUGCGAAGAACUUGGAAUCAAGAAACACUUCUCAACGCCUCAUCAUCCUCAAGCCAAUGGCCAAGUUGAAGUUGUAAACAAGUCAAUUAAGCAUGUCCCCAAUAGGAAACUGGACGCAUCAAAGGGAGCAUUGGUUGAUGAGCUGCCAAAAGUACUUUGGGCAAUCCGAACUACCACCAAAACUCCCACAGGGUAA